GAAUGCUAAUGCCAAGAAACUUUUGUAGCUGUUAUUAAAUUUUUGCUACAAUUUUGUUUAUUAUCAUAUAUAAAGCCCAGAGAAAUGGAGAAGGGUGGCCAGCCACCACCUUAUAUGUGGAGUAAUGUGCAAAGUAUGCAGCCCCCUCCUGCUGCCCCGCCUAGCUACUCUCAAGCCGUUGGGGGAGUGGGCCCAUCUAGCCCCUACACCCCACAAUACUCACCUACAUCAGGUCCUGCUAUUGUCACAACAGUAGUGCCAGUCGGGUCCCAACCGACCCACAUGAUCUGCCCGAGUUGUCACGCUGAGAUAAAUACCGUCACCAAGAAGAAACCAGGACUCAUUGCCUACAUAUCAAGUGCCAUAAUUGCCCUAUUUUGUUGUAUCUGCGGAUGCUGUCUUAUCCCUUGCUGCAUUGAAAGCUGUAUGGAUGUUCAUCACAAGUGUCCCAACUGUGGGACUUAUCUCGGCCGCUAUAGAAGAUAAUUUAUCUAAUAAUCUCUUCAUAUAUUAUAUGCAUGUUUAAGGAGUGAUGUGAAUUUACAUAUGCACAAAGAUUUGCCGUGAAUAUAAAAAAAAAGUUUGCAUGACUCUGAAAACGCCCCUACAAAUGAUCUGACUUUGCAAUCUCUAUUUUAAGAGUAGAGUACUGACUAAGUAGACUGAUACUAGUUGUUGUUCAUCACAGAAUAAUCACAAUCAUAGAAGUUAAAUUGUAAAGAAUAUUAUAAGUAAUAUUUUCCAGACAUGUCUCAUUAAGUAAGGGCUAGAUUACAAAAGAAUGGUUCAAAAUGAACUUUCAAGA